GUUUUGUAAUUUUGCGUGAGUUUUUUUCGAUCUGAUGCAAAUUCUAGAUGACAUGGAUCUAUAACCAUUCUGUCGUGCCUUGGAAAACGUCGUGGACGCGCAUCUCAGCUGGGCUCGCCGCAGAGAUCCUCCUGCUGCCUCCGCUCCCACGAUUCAUCCAGAGGAUGGUGCUGACAGCCAGAGGCGGCGGGCGUCUAGUUUUACAUGAUUGAAUCAAUGACAGGACCAGGUGAGAGCAGCACAGCACGGCACGGCACGGCUCAGGAGCAGCAACAGCCUCCCGUUCACCGAGGAGUUCGUUCGUCACCGCCGAGGGGCCGAGGACGACGCUAGCAGCUUUACUGAUGGAAUCCCGGGUCCAUGCUAGACGAAGAAACCGACAGGGUGGACUCGUUAUAAAUAAUUAAAAUACAUAAAUAAAUAACCAACACAACCCUUUGCUGCUGACAUAAGAAGAAACAUGCAUCUGCAUCAGGUGCUGACGGGAGCUGUGAACCCCGGAGACUGCUGCUACUCAGUGGGGAGCGUCAACGACAUUUCCUUCACGGCGUACGGCUCCGGCUGUGACGUGGUGAUCUUGGCCAGUGAUUUUGACUGUGUGCAGAUCAUCCCUGGAGCUCAGAAUGGGAACAUACAGGUGGGCUGUGUGGAGUGCUCCCACCAGCUUGGCAGGAUCGCUGCGUCCUACGGAAACACAGUCUGCAUCUUUGAACCCCUCUCCACCAAACUAAACACACGGCACAAGCAGCUUAACUAUCAGUGGCAAAAGACAGGGCAGUUCUUCCUGGAUGCCAUCACCUACAACCUGGCCUGGGACCCUCAAGGGAACCGUAUCCUAGCAGCCACGGAGAGGCUCCAGCUCUGGGCUCCUCCGCUGGCAGAUGCCCUGCUGGAGGAGGAGGAUGGGCAGGCCGCUGAGGAGAAGCCCCACCCUGUCCUCAGUGACUGGAACUGUGUCUGGCAGUGCAAAACCGCUUCGUCUGUCCACAUCGCUAAGUGGUCUCCUGACGGCGAGUAUUUUGCGACAGUGGGAAAGGAUGACUGUUUACUCAAAGUGUGGUACCCGACCACGGCCUGGCGUUCGGCCGUCGUUGUCCAGGACCCCUAUGAUAAAAAGCCCCCUAGUGUUCACUUCUCAUUUGUUUACCUGGCUCAUCCUCGCUCCGUCACUGGUAUGUCGUGGAGGAAGACCAGCAAGUACAUGACCAAGGGUUCUGUGUGCAAUGUGAUGCUGACGUCCUGCGAGGACGGUGUGUGUCGGCUGUGGUCAGAGACCCUGCUCCCAGAGGACAGCCUGCUGGGGGGCCAGAUUUCUGAGAACACACUCUCUUUCAGCUCAACUCUGCCGGGCCUGACUGGUAAUAAGGACAAGAUCCAGCAUGCUCUGGAGUCCAUCCACCACUUGAAGCAUUUACGCCGUGGACGACGACGGUCCUCCGCCCUGGUGGCGCACAGCGAGCUGCUGCCCACUCAGCUGGCCACGCAGGACGUGCACACGAACCGCAACAUCGCCCACCACGCUAACGCCCUCUGUCAUUUCCACAUCUCUGCCAGUAUUAACCCCAACACGGACAUCCCCACAGUAGUGGCCGACUCUGCGGUGUUCAACCCAGACGACGGCUCUGGCGGCGGGGGUUUUGUCGUCCACUGGCUCAACAACAAGGACCUGAGCUUCACUUCUUCCAUGGACCUUUUUAUGGUGCAGCUGAGAAAGUUCUCGGAGCAGCAGUUGGACCAGACCACUGAGGACCUGCUGGAACCUGACGGCUCCCCCAUGAAGUUUGACUUUGACUUGGACGACAUAUCAGACAAAGCCUCCUCAGACCAGGGUGAGGAAGGGGAGCUCGGGGAGCAGGGCAGCACCAAGGCGUCCUCCCCUGGAUCCAGCUCCAGCAUCCCCCUGCCUUCAAUGCUGCUGGAGAGGAAGAUGGAGAUUCUGACCACAGAGUGGAACAAGAGUCCAGACAUGCUGUUCACCAUCCACCCUGUAGAUGGCUCCUUCCUGGUUUGGCACGUCAAGUACCUGGAUGAAUUUAACCAGGGCAUCUUCAGACAGGUCCAGGUGUCCUUCUCGUCCCGUAUACCGGUGGCGUUCCCCACAGGUGACGCCAACUCCCUGAGUAAGAACAUCCUGAUGUACGCCUGCACGCUGAGCACCGCUGACAGAGGUGGAGAACAGGAGCGGAGGCCCCGUCUCAGCCACUCCGUGUCGGCCUCAGGUGGUCUGGGUUCACCUGCUCUGACCCCCCGUCACAGUCCCUGCCCUGGCAUCAGUCCCGCCGUCAUGAUGGUUUCUAAACACGUGGAUGGAUCCCUUAACCAGUGGGCGGUUACAUUCGCCGAGCGCUCCGCCUUCUCUAACGUGUUGACCGUCUCCCAUAAGUUCCGCUACUGCGGCCACCGCUUCCAUCUUAAUGACCAGGCCUGCCACACGGUGCUGCCUCUGCUGCUGACGUCGUCUCAUCACAACGCCCUCCUCACACCCCCCUCCGCUCCUGGCAGCCUGGAGGGGGAGCCGCUGCCGACGUUCCCUCAGAUCAAAGGACCUUUGAGGAAGCAGUUACGUAACGCAGCCACACGGACCUUCCACGACCCCAACGCCAUUUACAGUGAACUGAUCCUGUGGAGGGUGGAUCACAUCGGCCCUCUGUCCUGCACCGGGGGGGUCUCUGAACUGGCCCGGAUCAACUCCCUGCACACCUCUGCCUUCAGCAACGUGGCCUGGCUGCCCACACUGAUCCCCAGCACAGUACUGGGAACUUACUGCAACAGUGCCAGCGCCUGCUUCGUGGCCUCUGAUGGUAAAAACCUGCGUCUCUACCAGGCCGUGGUUGAUGCUAGAAAACUAUUGGACGAGCUGUCGGAUCCUGAAACAUCUAAACUGGUGGGUGAAGUGUUUAACAUCGUCAGCCAACAGUCCACGGCCCGGCCGGGCUGUAUCAUAGAGUUGGACAUCAUCACCAAUCAGUGUGGUGCCAACACUCAGCUGCUGCACGUCUUCCAAGAGGACUUCAUCCUGGGUUACAAACCUCAGAGAGAAUCUGAAGAAUCCUCUCCGUCAUCUGGUGAAGCUCCGUUCUCUGAGAAGUUCUUCCUGGUGGUGAUAGAAAAGGACCUGAACAGGAACUCGGUUCUGCAGAUGUGGCACCUGCACCUCAAGUCUGUGCAGGCCUGUGUUGAUGAACCCAACCAGGACUACAGUCUCCAGAGUCAGCUGACUGUUCCCAGCCGCGUGGCAAACGCAGACUCGUCUCCUGAGACCUCUCCGAUCAGACCACUGCCACGAUCCGUCUCCACGGCCAACCUACAGUCGGCCAGCAAACUCAUCCACAGCUCCAAGCUGGUGUACAGCAAACGACUGGACCUCCCCCACGGGGUGGAAGUGAUCCGAGCAACGCCCUCUGCAGGUCAUCUUAGCUCCUCCUCCAUCUACCCCGUGUGCCUGGCUCCGUACCUAAUCGUCACGACCUGUUCUGAUUCUCGCGUUCGGUUCUGGCGCUGUGCCGUGGAGGGCGAUGAAGCGAACAGUGAGGACGAUCGGGACAAAUGCACGUACCACUGGGAGCCGUGGGCCCUGAUGAACGAGGAGGAGGACAACAACAGCGCCGUGUGUGUGUCGGGCCGACCCGUGGCCGUCUCCUGCUCCUACAUCGGCCGGCUGGCUGUGGCCUUUAAAAUGCCACGACCCGGACAGCUGCAGACCUCUGAGAAGGACUUCUCCAUGUACGUGUCCAUCUAUGAGUGUGAGUCAACCGGUGGCUCUGAGUGGGUUCUGGAGCAAACCCUUCACCUGGACGACUACACCAGACCCACGUCAACUCUGGACCCAAGAGUCAGUGUGGACUCCAACCUGUUUGUCUACAGCAGGUCCGACCUGUACAUGACCCGGGACCACAGUUCCCCCAACAUCAAGCACUACGUCCAUCUGGACUGGCUGUCCAAGGAGGACGGAUCGCAUAUUCUCACGGUCGGGGUCGGAUCCAACAUUCUCAUGUACGGCCGUAUUUCUGGGAUGGUCAACGAGCAGACCAGCAGCAAAGAGGGGGUGGCCGUCAUCACCCUUCCUCUAGGGGGCAGUAUCAAACAGGGCAUCCGCUCACGCUGGAUUCUGCUUCGCUCGGUGGACCUCUUGUCGUCAGUGGACGGCACUCCGUCCCUGCCGGUGUCCCUGUCCUGGGUGAGGGACGGAAUCCUGGUGGUGGGGAUGGACUGUGAAAUGCAUGUGUACGCCCAGUGGCACCAGGACAAAAAGACCGGGGAGGGGGACGAGGGGAACCCGUUCUCCACGGACAUCUCCGGAGGACAGACCUCUGUGUUUGAAGGCAGAGCCCGGUCAAAGAGUGUGUUUGAAGGCAGCACCGCCGUGGACGAGGCCCUGCGUGCCCCGGCAGGACUUCAGGAAGGGGGGCUGUUUGAGGCCGCUCACUCCCUCUCCCCUACUCUCCCCCAGUACCAUCCUACUCAGCUUUUAGAACUGAUGGACCUGGGCAAGGUUCGACGUGCCAAGGCCAUCCUCGCUCACCUGGUGAAGUGUAUCGCCGGUGAAGUGGCGGUGGUGAGGGAUGUGGAGGCAGGCGAGGGCGGAGCCAGGAGACAUCUGUCCAGAACCAUCAGUGUGACCGGCAGCACAGCCAAGGACACCAUCGUGGCCGGACGUGACGGGGGCAGGGACUACACCGAGAUCAACUCCAUCCCCCCUCUCCCCCUCUACGCACUCAUGUUGGCAGAUCUGGACACUUCCUACAAAGGACCAGAGGAGGCGGUGAAGGGAACGAAGAUGGCAGACGGUGAGGGGUCUAACCAGUCCUCAGAGGACCAGUACGCAGAUCUCUUCCAGGUACCGACAGUCACCACCGACGACUUUGUCAGCUUGGCUACGGACAAACCGGAGAAGUCUCGAGUCAUCAACCUCUCUCAGUAUGGACCCACCUACUUUGGACCAGAGCACGCUCAGGUUCUGUCCAGUCACCUCAUGCACUCCAGCCUACCUGGGCUGACCAGACUGGAGCAGAUGUUCUUGGUGGCCUUGGCUGAUACUGUCGCCACGACCAGUGCUGAGGUCACAAGCUCCAACGACCAGAAGUACUCAGGUGGGGAGGCUCUGGAUGAGUGUGGACUCAGGUACCUCCUGGCCAUGCGUCUUCAUACCUGCCUGCUCACUUCGCUGCCCCCCCUCUACCGUAUGCAGUUACUUCAUCAAGGCCUGUCUACGUGUCACUUCGCCUGGGCCUUCCACUCAGAGGCAGAGGAAGAACUGCUGAACAUGAUCCCAGCCAUGCAGAGAGGCGACCCCCAGUGGUCGGAGCUCAGAGCUGUUGGGGUCGGCUGGUGGAUUCGCAACAUCAACACUCUGCGCAAAAUGGUGGAGAAGUUAGGUAAAGCUGCCUUCCAGAGAAACAACGAUCCUUUAGAUGCUGCUCUCUUCUACUUGGCCAUGAAGAAGAAAGCUGUCCUGUGGGGUCUGUUCAGGUCUCAGCACGAAGAGAAGAUGACUCAGUUCUUCAAGAACAACUUCAGUGAAGAUCGAUGGAGGAAGGCCGCUCUGAAAAACGCUUUCUCUCUGCUGGGGAAGCAGCGCUUUGAACAGGCGGCUGCCUUUUUCCUUCUGGCCGGAUCACUGAAGGACGCCAUCGAGGUCAUGAUGGAGAAGAUGGAGGAUCUCCAGCUGGCUAUGAUCGUAGCCCGGUUGUACGAGGCGGACUUUGAGAACUCCUCCACCUGCCAGGGCCUGCUGUAUGAGAAGGUGCUGGGCUGCAACAGGGACGGCAGUGGGUACCACUGUUCCCGACUGCACCCCGACCCGUUCCUCCGCAGCAUAGCCUACUGGAUUAUGAAGGAUUACACCAAAGCCCUGGACACACUGUUGGAGCGGAUCCCCAAAGACGACGACGACAAUCCUGAUGAGAUGGUGAAAUCCUGCAACCCUGUGGUGUUCAGUUUCUACAACUACCUGAGAACCCACCCUCUGAUCAUCCGUCGCCACUUUGCCAACCCCGAAGCCACGACAACCGUGGGCCUAACAGCUGAGAGGAACAGAGUGGACGAGAUCAACCUGAUCGAACGCAAACUCUUCUUCACCACGGCCAACGCACACUUCAAGGUGGGCUGUCCAGUUCUGGCUCUAGAAGUUCUAUCCAAGAUUCCAAAAGUGACCAAGAAGUCUAGCUCCUCCCCUCUAAGCAAAGCUUCAUCUAAGGCUAACUUAAACUCAAGCCAUCCCCUGGAGAACGGCACCCAGGGAGGGGACGACUGGGGGCCUCCAGCAGCUCCUGUCUCUGCCUGGGCGGUAAACGACAGCGCAGCUAUAUUGGACUGGAGCCAGCCUGUGGUGAAGCUGGAGGACGAUGAGCUGAAUCUCGACUGGGGAGAGAAUAAGAUGGAGGAGGAUGAUGAUGAAGAUGAUGAAGACGAAGGAGGUCUGACCAUGAAGGAACCAGAAUCUCAGACCAAAGUUGAUGUGAGCUCAGUGAGUGGUGGGUCCAAACUGCAGAGAGGAGACUCACAGGUUGAGCCGGAGGUUGAUGUCAUAGCAGAGCAGCUGAAGUUCCGUGCCUGUCUGAAGAUCCUGAUGACGGAGCUGCGUACGUUGGCCACCGGGUUCGAGGUGGACGGCGGGAAGCUCCGCUUCCAGCUCUACAACUGGCUGGAGAAGGAGAUCGCUGCCAUGCAUAAGAUCUGCAAUUACAAGGUGGAAGGAAAGGAGGAUUCAGAAGCUGAGCGCUGGCGAGACCACCCGGCUUCAGUGGACAUCCCAGAUGAACUUCUGGAGCAGUCUGAGGCCGGAGCUUAUCAGCGGCACCAGAUGGAGAGGCGUUGCCUCCAAGCGAAGCAGCAGCACUCGGAGAGACGCAAGGCCUGGCUGAGGAAGAACCAGGCCCUGCUGAGGGUCUUUCUGUCCUACUGCAGCCUUCAUGGGGCCAAAGGGGGAGGAGUUACCUCAGUCCGCAUGGAGCUCAUCUUCCUCCUGCAGGAGAGCCAGCAGGAGACCACAGUGAAGCAGCUGCAGUCACCCCUGCCCCUGCCCACCACACUCCCUCUGCUGUCAGCUUGUAUUGCCUCUACUAAGACCGUCAUAGCCAAUCCAGUGCUUCACCUCAGCAACCACAUUCACGACAUCCUGCACACCAUCACCCUCAUGGAGGCGCCGCCGCACCCUGACAUCAUAGACGAUCGGGUCAGUACUCUACACACACUGGCAGCGUCUCUGUCGGCCUGCAUCUACCAGGCUCUGUGUGACAGCCACAGCUACAGCAGCCAGACCGAGGCCAACCAGUUCACAGGGAUGGUGUACCAAGGCCUGCUGCUCAGUGAGAGGAAACGUCUCCGCACCGAGAGCAUUGAAGAACAUAUAACUCCAAACUCUGCUCCUGCCCAGUGGCCAGGGGUGUCUUCUCUGAUUUCUCUGUUGACCUCUGCCAGAGAGGAGGACCAGCCCAGACUCAACGUCCUGCUGUGUGAAGCAGUGGUGGCGGUUUAUCUGGCGCUGCUCAUCCACGGCCUCGGCACUCACAGCAGCAACGAACUCUUCCGUCUGGCCGCUCACCCGCUCAACAACCGUAUGUGGGCUGCCGUCUUUGGAGGAGGGGCCAAAGUCGUUAUUAAGCCAAAGAGACCAGAGCCCCCGCCAGCUUCCCCGCAGCCUGCAGUGGAGGACGUGGACAGAUACAGGCGGAGGUUCAACAUGAGGAUGCUGGUUCCGGGACGGCCCAUAAAGGAGACACCGACCAACCCACCUCCUGUGCCCACAGAGAGACCCACCUACAGGGAGAAGUUCAUCCCCCCAGAGCUGAGCAUGUGGGACUACUUUGUGGCCAAACCCUUCCUGCCGCUCUCAGACAGCAACGCACUGUGUGACUCGGACGAAAGCGGCGGCGAAGACGAUGACGAUGACGAGGACGCCUUCCUGUCUGACACACAGAUAACGGAGCACUCCGACCCCAACUCCUACAGCUGGGCUCUGAUCCGACUGGUCAUGGUGAAACUGGCUCAUCACAACGUGAAGAACUUCCUUCCUCUAACCGGCCUGGACUUCACUGACCUGCCCGUCACUUCGCCGUUCAGCAACGCCGUUCUGAAGAUCCUAGAGAACUGGGAGCAGCUCCUGUUGGAGCGGAUGAACAAAUUUGACGGCCCGCCUCCCAACUACAUCAACACUUACCCCACUGACCUCAGCGCUGGAGGUGGCCCCGCCAUUCUGCGACACAAGGCCAUGCUGGAGCCCGACAACACACCCUUCAAAACAAAGAACCACCAGUCGUUCCCGGCCCGCCGUCUCUGGCACUUCCUGGUCAAACAGGAUGUUCUUCAGGACACUCUGGUCCGUUACAUCUUCACUAAGAAGAGGAAGCAGAGUGAGGUGGAGGCAGACCUGGGGUAUCCAGGGGGCAAAGCUAAAAUCAUUCAUAAGGAGUCUGACAUCAUCAUGGCCUUCGCCAUCAACAAGGCCAACUCUAAUGAGAUCGUGCUGGCCUCCACCCAUGACGUCCAGGAGGUGGACGUGUCCACCCUGGUGUCCGUGCAGCCCUACACCUGGAUCGGAGACGACUUUGACAAAGAGUCUCGCAGCUCCGACGACAUCGACUAUCGCUCCUCACACACCAACAUCGCCCAGGCCAGCGCUGUGCCCUUCGCACCUCCACAGAUGCACGUGUCUGCAUCUAUGCCCUGGCUGGGCAGUGGUCAGACCAGCAUGGGGGCCAGUGUGAUUAUGAAAAGGAAUCUUAAUAAUGUGAAGAGGAUGACGUCCCACCCCAUCUACCAGUACUACGUGACUGGGGCUCAGGACGGCAGUGUGAGAAUGUUUGAAUGGAACAGACCUCAGCAGCUCAUCUGCUUCAGACAAGCAGGAAACGCCCGAGUCACCAGGCUGUACUUCAACUCCCAGGGCAACAAGUGUGGAGUAGCUGAUGGAGAAGGUUUCCUCAGCCUGUGGCAGGUCAAUCAGACGUCAUCGAACCCCAAACCCUACCUGAGUUGGCAGUGCCACACAAAGACCUGCGGUGACUUUGCCUUCAUCACUUCCUCCAGCCUCAUCGCCACUGCAGGACAGUCCAAUGACAACAGAAACGUCUGCCUGUGGGACACUCUGAUUUCUCCCAGCAACACCAUGGUUCACGCAUUCCCCUGCCAUGAGAACGGGGCCACUGUACUGCAGUACGCUCCCAAGCAGCAGCUGCUGAUCACCGGGGGCAGGAAGGGCUUCGUGUGUGUGUUCGACAUCCGCCAGAGGCAGCUGCUCCACACGUUCCAGGCCCACGACUCGGCCAUCAAGGCCCUGGCCCUGGACGCCUUCGAGGACUUCUUUGUCACCGGCUCAGCUGAGGGGAACAUGAAGGUGUGGAAGUUAGCCGGCCACGGACUCAUGCACUCGUUCAGCAGCGAGCACGCCAAGCAGUCCAUCUUCCGCAACAUCGGCGCAGGUGUCAUGCAGGUGGAGACGCGACCAGGCAAUCGCAUCUUCACCUGCGGCGCAGACGGCACGCUGAAGAUGCGCGUCCUCCCUGACCGCUACAACAUCCCCAACGGCCUGGUGGACGUCCUGUAGAGGCCCCGCCCACCGUCGAGAAGAUCCAAAGAGACGAGAAGACAUCGACAUAAAAAGCUAACGUCACACUUCAUCCCUAGUUUCACAGAAUGAAGGACGCGUCGCCACGCUUUUGUCCCCCUGCCCCCGGUGUUUGUGGGUUUGCUGCUGUGGUGAAUCCGGAUGAGAAACAGAGCUGCAAAUGUUUCCCUUUUUCCCCCAAAGCCUAAAAGCAAAGUAACAAGCAGAGGUUUUCACCCUCGGUUUCCAACGCUCGACUUCCUGUCAUUUCCCUGAAGAAUCUCUCGUCUAUAGAGCGCGUCCGUAGGGAAGCUAUGCAUGUCCUGUUCUCGUGAAGCGGUGCAAUCACAGGCCUGAUGAUAGUGAUAGUUUUUGUUUUGUUUUUUUUAAGUACGUAACUGUUCUUGUCAUGUCGUGAUCACAGCGAACAUUUCUGGGCGUCUACUGUAACCUGCACUGUGGUCGAGUACGUCAGUCGUUGGAAUCUG